AUGUUCCAGCAUGCCCUGGCAUUGGCUUUUGCUGUCAAUGAGAUCAACAAGAAUCCUCGGAUCCUGCCAAAUGUCACCCUCGGAUUCCACAUCGUUGACAGCUACUAUGAAGAAAGGCUGACUUACCGGACCACCCUGGACCUGCUCUUCAAAUCACAGAGAUUUGUCCCUAAUUACAAAUGUGAUUCCCGGAGAAAUGUAAUAGCCAUUGCUGGUGGAUUUGAUGCUCCUGUCUCCUUCCUUGUGGCAAAAAACUUACGUCCCUACAAAAUUCCACAGUUCACCUAUGGCUCCUUCGCAUCUGAGGAGAGAGAUGUGUCAGAAUUCCCUUCCUUUUACCGCAUGGUUCCAAAUGAAACCCCUCAGUAUACAGGGAUCAUUCAAUUGCUUCUGCAUUUUACGUGGACAUGGGUUGGACUCUUUACUGUAGACGAUGACAGUGGAGAACAUUUCUCGCAGGCCUUGGAGAUGCUGCUUUUCCAGAACAGGAUCUGUUUAGAUUUCACAGAAAAAAUCCCAAAACAACCUGCUUGGGAUUAUUUAGAUGACUUGAAUGACUUAAUCUUCAAAGUGGUGCCCAUUUCUGUGUGCAAUGACCCCUGCCCCCCUGGUCAGCAGAAGAAAAAGAAAGAAAGGGUGAAGUUUUGCUGCUACGAUUGUAUUCCUUGUCCAGCUGGGAAGUUUACCAGCCACAAAGAUAUGGAUGACUGUUUCCCAUGUCCAGAAGAUCAAUAUCCAAGCAAAAACCAGGAUGGAUGCAUCCAUAAAAAUAUAAGCUUCUUAUCUUUUGAUGAACCUCUAGGAAUUAGUCUGGUUUCACUUGCUCUUUUUCUGUCCAUGACUACAGCCUUAGUUCUAGUAAUUUUCAUUAAACACAGAGAUACUCCCAUUAUCAAAGCCAACAACAGGGAUCUCACCUACAUUCUCCUCAUCUCUCUUCUCUUCUGCUUCCUCUGUUCUUUACUGUUCCUUGGACAACCAAGCAAGAUGACUUGCUUCUUCCGACAAUCUGCUUUUGGUAACAUCUUCUCUGUGGCCCUGUCUUGUGUUUUAGCCAAAACCUUCACUGUGGUGGUAGCUUUCAUGGCCACAAAACCAGGGUCCAGCUUGAGGAAAUGGGUGGGGAAAAGGCCAGCCAGCAUCAUGGUAAUCUCUUGCUCCCUCAUUCAAGUAAGCAUUUGUACAGUGUGGCUAGGAACCACUCCUCCUUUCCCAGAUUUGGACACUCAGUCACUGACUACUGAGAUUAUACUAGAAUGUAAUGAAGGCUCUGUCCUUAUGUUUUACAUUGUCCUGGGCUACAUGGGUCUUCUGUCCCUCAUAAGCUUGCUUGUGGCCUUCGUUGCUCGGAAGUUGCCAGAUAGUUUUAAUGAAGCCAAAUUGAUCGCCUUCAGUAUGCUGAUGUUUUGCAGUGUUUGGUUGUGUUUUGUUCCAACCUACCUGAGCACCAAAGGGAAACAGAUGGUGGCUGUGGAGAUCUUCUCCAUCUUGGUCUCCAGUGCUGGCUUACUGGUUUGUAUCUUUUGCCCCAAAUGCUACAUAAUUGUGCUGAGGCCCGAACUCAAUACAAAGGAUAAACUCAUGAGAAAUAAUUAA